AUGAAUAGACUGUUUUCAGAAGUAGAAUGUAUUGAAUUACCAUUUCUAGGAUCAGGUUUCACUUGGAAAAAAAAGAGAAGUGGGCCUGAUAAUAUCCUAGAAAGAUUAGAUAAAGGAGUAGCCAACUUAGAUUUCUUAAAUGUAUUCCCUAAUGUGAAAGUUCAACAUCAUGCGUUCACAUCCUCAGAUCAUUGUCAAGUAUCUGUUAAACUCGAUAUUCUUCAAGGUAGGAAAUCCCCCCCAUUUAGAUUUGAUAAAGCUUGGACUACUCGUAAAGACUUUGAAGUGAUUAUUAAGAAGGCUUGGUCAACUAGAUUUCAUGGGUCUUAUAUGUUUUGUUUAACGAAAAAGUGUAAGCUUCUAAAAGAAAAAGCUAAGAAUUGGGCGACCACCAGAUUUGGUAAUGUUAUUCGUCAAUUAAAAGUGGUUGAAAGUAAAUUAAAGUGUAUUCAAGAUAACCUUCUGGCUAAUCCCAGCUGCCCGUUUCUUGCUGCAAAGUUGGAUAAGUUUCAUUUGAAACAGGUUAGGUUGUUAGAAUUCCAAGAACUAUAUUGGAAGACUAAAGCAAAAUCUAAUCAUCUAAAACUUAGCGAUUCCAAUACUAAGUAUUUUCAUGCAUGUGCGUCCAUUAGAAGAAAUCGAAAUUUUAUAUCAUCCAUUGAGGAUGAUGUUGGUGUUGUCUUAACAGAUCCAAAGGACGUUGAAAAUUGUUUUACAAAUUCUUUUGUUCAACGGUUUACGGCUAAUCAAGAGUGUUUUUUUGAUGAAAACUGUGAUUUCUCUCUAUUAGAUAGUAUCAUUUCAGAGGAGGAUAAUAUGCUUUUGUGUUCUGAGGUUAGUGCUGAGGAAAUUAAGAACGCUGUUUUUGAGUUAGCUCCUGAUAAAGCACCAGGCCCAGAUGGUUUCCCGCCUUAUUUUUUCCAAAAGUAUUGGUCGUUAGUUGGUAAUUCGGUCUGUCACGCAGUUAGGGCUUUUUUCUUUUCAGGAACGCUGUUAAAAGAAGUCAAUCAUACUUUUAUCACUUUAAUUCCUAAAGUGGAAUCCCCUUCUAAUCCGAAUCAGUUUCGGCCUAUUAGCCUUUGUUCUACUAUCUAUAAAGUUAUUGCAAAAAUAAUGGCUUCUAGAUUGAAGAUUGUGCUUGGGAAAAUUAUUCACCCCUUGCAAGGUGCUUUUGUCCCUGAAAGACUCAUUCAAGACAAUGUGUUGAUAGCGCACGAAGUUUUUCAUUCUUUCAAAAAGAAAUCAGGGAAUCAAGGGUGGUUAGCUAUUAAGCUUGAUAUGGAGGAAGCUUAUGAUCGAUUAGAGUGGAACUUUAUCUUUGCUGUUUUUAAGAAAUUAGGUUUUUGUGAGCGAUGGGUUGGCUGGAUGAAGGAAUGUAUAUCCUCAGUUUCAUUCUCUGUUUUAGUUAAUGGGAUCCCUGGUGAUGUGUUCUAUCCUUCUAGGGGAAUCCGGCAGGGAGAUCCUCUGUCGCCUUAUAUUUUUAUUUUGUGUGCUGAAAUUCUUGCUAGGCAGCUUCAUGCAGCCAGCAGAGAGGGGCCUAAGUUAGUUGGUGUCUCUUUGGGUCACUCUCGUGUUAAAAUUCCGUUUCUAACAUUUGCAGAUGACACUAUGAUCUUUGCUAAAGCUAUUGUCGAUAGUUGUACUGUUAUCAGGGAAAUUCUGGACGAUUACUGUAGGAUGUCAGGCCAGUUAGUAAAUUAUAAUAAGUCUGCAUAUCAGUGUUCCCCUAACACUGAUCCCAUUCUUGCUACUUCCUUUACCUCUAUUCUGCGUAUGGGUGAAGCUUGUUCCUUGGGUACCUACUUGGGUUGCCCUAUUAUUGAUAGUAAGGUUACUAAUAAUACCUUUGGGGAUAUUCAGGAAAAGGUUCAAGGUCAGCUCUCCAAGUGGAAGGCUAACUCCCUUUCCCAAGCUGGUCGCACGGUCCUCAUUCAAUCUAAUUUAGCAACCAAGGCUAAUUAUCAAAUGCAAUGCUUCUUAUUGCCACCUCACAUUGUGGAAGAUCUCGACAAGAGUUAUCGAAAUUUUUUCUGGAAUAAAUCUUCAGAAUCUAAAUCCCCUAAUCUUAUAGGUUGGGAUAGAAUCUGUAAACCAAAGCAAAAUGGGGGUCUUGGGUUGAGAAAGGCCAAAGUUAUGAAUAUGGCCUUACAGUUUAAAUUACUAUGGAAAAUCUUAUUUUGUCCUGACAACUUAUGGGUUAAUUUGGUGUCUAAAAAGUAUAUGAAAUCUGAUGGCUUGUUUGAUUAUAGGGUUAAAGCUAAUGUUUCAUGGCAGUGGCGUAAACUCAUGUCUUUAAGGAAUAAGUUUAAGCAUGGUCUGCGGUGGGUUGUGGGUAGGGGGGACAAGAUCUCUUUCUGGUUUGACAAUUGGGUGUUCCAGUAUCCCAUUUGCUCAGUUUGUUCGGUCCUCAGGGGGUCUGAGUCCUUGGUUGUUGAGAGCUUUAUCACCCAGGAUUAUCAAUGGGAUGCAGCGAGGCUUAGGGAGUUUGUCAAGGAGGAGGUUUGUCUUGCCAUCUGUAGCAUCUUCAUUCCUUCGCAUCCUUUGGAGGAUAAGUGUGUGUGGGCUCUUUCGCCUGAUGGGUGCUAUUCCGUUAACUCGGGUGUUCAGCUAAUUCAAGGUUCAGGGCCUGAGGUUCAUGGUUCCCUGCCUAGGGUUCCUUUCUUUUGGAUUUGGAGUCUUCAGGUUCCUCCCAAGAUUAGGUUCUUCCUUUGGAAGAUCUGGACCAGGUUUGGUUGGCCUUCUCUUCCUGGUAAUCCAGAUGGACUUGCUUUCAUCGAUUGGUUUUGUGCUUUACCAAAGAGUAGGUCUUUGACUGAGUUAGCGAAGAUUGCCACAACUUGGUGGUUUGUUUGGUAUGCGAGGAAUGGUAUCUCCUUUAGAGAGGAGGCUUUUCCGGUCGUUAAAAUUUGCUGGAUGAUUAAGAAAUUUGUUGAUAGGUGUGGGGAUGACCCUCUUGUGGUGGACCCUUCGCUCCCUGGUAGUGAUUCGCUUCGUAGGGCCUCUAAGCUUUCAAGGCUAAAUGUUGCUUGGGUUGCCCCCCCGGUCGGGUUUUUUAAGCUCAAUUUUGAUGGAUCAAAGUUGAAGGAUGGCUCAGCGGCCUUAGGUUUUGUUAUUAGAAAUGGAGAAGGCAUGAUCAAGCUUUGUGGUGCUCGUUCUUUAAGUGCUGAUUCUUCUAUUUUGGUGGCUGAAGCUUGGGCUCUCAGAGAAGGGCUUGUUGGUGCUCGUAUGCUAGGAUUAAUAAGCUGGUGGUUGAAGGGACAAUCUGUCUUGAUUCAAGCUAUUAAGCGUGUUUGGAAAAUUCCUUGGUCUAUUCAUUCUCUUAUGGAUGCAGGGAAGAUUGAAGAAUUUUGCGGAGGUCAGUAUCAACCAUGGAGUUCGGGAGGGAAUGCUGCAGCUGAUUGGAUGGCUCAUCGUGGUCAUCUUUGUUCUAAUUUAACUUAUUGGUUUGAGUCUCCUGAUUUCAAUUUCUCUGUAAUCAUCCGAAAGGAUGCUUUAGGGUGGCCCAUUUCCUGGGAACCUCCCUAG